AUGAGAUUUAAUUAUAUAGUUAUUGAAAACAAGUAAAAUAUAUUCUUUUGGAUUGGAUUUAAUUUUACAAAUUUUGUUUAAGAUUAAUCUUUUUCAAGAUUAGAAAUAAAUAACUUGAUUAUGAUAAAAUUAUGUAAGACUAGAAAUUAUCAAGCUCAUUAUCAAUUCCAAUUGAUUAAGUUGAAAUAUUAUGAGUAAUAAAGGAAAUUUUUGAAAUUAAUUUUUUAAUUUAGGGAAGAACCAAUGAUGAGAUUUAAUAAUAAAUAUAAAACAUCAUAGCUGCAUAGUAAUUUUUAUAUAAAUAUUGUAACGGGAAAAUAGAUUACAUAGAAUUGCUGGAGAAUAAUUUGCAAAAAGCUCUGGAAUAAUUCUUUCUUCUGA